AUGUCUCUAGCGGGCAAGAAUGCAGUAGUUUUCGGCGGAUGCGGUGGCAUGGGGUUAUCCAUUGGACAACAUCUACUAAAGGCGGGCGUGCAGAAACUCUUCAUUCUGGACGUGGUGAAUCCAACGAUCCAGAAUAUGGCGUUCUUGAAGGAAUUCAACGAAGGGGCCAUAGUGCAUUCUAAGCUUUGUGAUAUAACAAACCUCACACAACUGCAACAGGUAUUGCAACAGGAUGUGGUAGCAGCCUUGGGCACUAUAGAUAUUCUAGUGAACACGGCUGGGAUCGCUCAGAGUGAUAAGCCCGAAAAUGUGAUCAACAUAAAUCUGCUGGGAGUCAUCAAUACAAGUCUAAUCACAUUGGACUUAAUGUCUCGUGCAAAGGGAGGUAAUGGUGGCGUAAUAGUGAAUGUGGCCUCUGUGGCAGGGUUUGAACCGAUCCCAUUCCUACCCAUCUACUGCGCGACGAAACAUGGCGUCGUAGGAUUUACACGCAGUUUAGGGGUUGACCCGGUCUACGAUGAAACUGGUGUCAAGUUUUUGGUCAUCUGCCCCGGAUCAACGCAAACGAAAAUGUACGAAAGCUGCAAAAAGCUAACAAUUGAUAUCAAUGCAUUACAGCAAAUGUUGCUAAAAUACAAGCCAGCUACAAAGCCCCAAAGCACGGAUGUUGUAGGUGCUUGCAUCGUACAAUCUAUAGUCGAAGGAGAGAAUGGGUCUACUUGGAUCUGCCACAAUGGCAAGAUUUUGCAACACACUUUUCCGAAAGUACAAUUUAAUUGA